CUUUAUUGUGGGCCCCGUCCGGUCAACGUGUGGACAAACCAUGGCUGCGUCUGGGGAUAUAGAGCAAUUUAUUGAACAAAACAGGCAUUUGUCAGAUAUUGUAGAGUCAUUUCGUACAAUUUCCGAGAGCGACAAACACUGGGAAUCUAGGAGAGCUUUCAUUUUUAGAAACAUAAAUGACUACGAAGACCCUCACUUGGAUCAUCUUCUUGCUUUGUCAAUGGUGUGGGCAAACAAUGUGUUUCUUGGUUGCCGGUACAGUCAAGACCUCCUAGACAGAGUGAAGGAGAUGGCUAAAGGAAUUGUAGUUGAAGAUGCCCCUGUUUUUAAAACCCGAGAUGAGAUUGUCAAGAACCAGCAAAAGAGGUGACACCAAAGCUACUAAAUCAGAUGUUUUUGCAGUGCCUUGAUGAACCUGACCAAUGAAGCACCCAAGAAAAGGACAAGGAGAACGGUCGCGCCAUUAGAUAUGAUAAUGGACUCGAAAUUAAUCUAGAACUAUGUGUAAGGGGAGAGCAUGUUUUUGUCACAUACUUUUUCUAAUUCCUUUCUAAUUGACUUUGUAAUUGUUCUAAACACGGACUAUCGAUUUGUAAUAGUUUUUAAAUGCCAUAACUGCGAAAUGGCUUUUUAUGUGAAUGCUGAGUCAAAAGGAUGUCGCUAUCACUCAAAGCAGAAUAAUAAAAAUCAAAAUCAAAUCAAAGUCUGAAAAAAUUUAUUUUGCUUGUACAGCAUACAGUAUAAAUGUUUUUAUAGGAUAAAUUCACAAAAACUAACUUCAUCCCACACUAACACAUCCCUUGUCAUGGAAACACUGUCACAAUAUAACCCACACUUUAUUUGAAAAUGUACUUCUAUAAUUUUGUAUAGGACAUAGUAUAUUCAUUAAUGCACAUUUCACUUAUUUUAUUUGCAGCCACAUACAAAUGAAAGUGAGUAUUAAAGAAUAUCGAAUGAGA